GGUAAAAAUUUGCGUAAAGAAGAAACGGGACAGUUUGCACGGCAGAGAGCAUUGCGUGUCUGCCGCGAACCGCCCGCCACGCCGGAUAGUCGCCUUUCUUCUCGUUUUUGUCGCGGCGGGAAUCGAUUGCAUAAAAUCAAUACUUACCGGGGCUGGAAUUAACGGCUGGCCACCGGGUGUGCUUUCCACCUAUUCUCGGGGAUUUCGAAGAAUCGCGCGAUUUCGUCAUCCACUUACGUGCAACACCGCGCUCAGCCGGGGGGUUGCGUAACUCGGCAAUGAAACUCGGCGAACUAUCUCGACGUUUUGAAAUUGCCUACACAUGCACGUUCGCGGGCGUAACCGGCCGGUUUUCCCAUACCCACGUACUAGCGCGCGCUAUACACGUCGCGUCCACGCGAAUUCACGCCACGCCAUGGAGCACGAAUUGUAAACAUCCGUCCAUGGUGCAUAAUAUUCACAUAAAAUUUGCGCAACGUUGCGCGGCCACCGUUGUAUAAAAUAGGAAUCCAUGGGAAGAUGCUUUCAGUAGUGCCGACCGAAGCCGUCCGAGAAGUGGAUUCAUUAUGAGUUACUAUUUUAUCCUCUCUCUAUUUGUGGUCGCCGUUUGCGACGCGGGCAUAAUAACGAACGUGGAUCACUCGCACCAUGCGGUUUAUCACGGUCUUGGCGCUACCAGCUAUCAAAACGUGCAGGUUGAAAAUCACGAUACUGUAGUGGUGCCCGCGAACUAUGGAGAUCCUGCGGAGCUUCAAGAGUCAUUGAAGCACCAUCAUGAGACAGUUAUUCCAAUCGUGGAGUCUCACAAUGACGUAGAUCAUAUCGUAUCUCAUUCUGCUCCAUAUGAAGAAUUCACCGUAGAUGACAUUAAACUCAAAUCCGACGACGUACUCGAGCAUUAUUUCGAUGACGAUCACGAUCAUUAUAGUCACCAUUUAUAAAAAAGUGAUUUAGAAAACGUUAUGUAUUUGAAUAAUUAAAAUAUAAUUUUUUCUGCGCGUUUAAUUUGGACAAUUAAUUCAAAAUUAAUUUAAAGUAAUUUAUUUUUUAGAUUUGAGUAUCUAAGAAGCUCUUUGGAUUGAUGAAAAUUAAUUAAAAUUAUGCGUUUUGUAGAAUACUUGUUUUGAUACCUUUUGUAGCAUAAUUUUUACCGCAUCGUAGUUUUGAUCAAUAUGUAGAGAUAUAUUCUUGUGAAAACGGUUACCCGAAAUAUAUGGAAAUAACAUGCAAACA